UCGACAGUUAUAUUUCAUAAGAGCUUUAAACUUUUUACGUUCAAUUCCUUCCUUAUUAUGACGUUAUAAUACAACGUAAGCUCUACAAAGCCGUUGUGCCAAAAUUUGUAAUAUUUAACCGCUUCAAUAGAAAUUUCAAAAAUAUUGCACUGAGAAGCUAUGGCAAACCUCCCCACUGCUGCUAUGCCACAUGCGCUCUUCAACCGCUAAGCGUGCACGUUGUUUUCGCAGAUGAGUAAUGACAACACCACAAAAAGUGCAAACGCUUCGACUGCGAAACCAAUGCUUUAGUUGAAAUGUGUUGCUGUCAAUGUUCGGACGUCUGCGCUGCCUUCCAAAGUACAUAGCCGCGGUUUAAUUACACGAACAUAAAUGAAAUAAUAGCUUACAUGUUAGAUAGUGGGUUUCCUAAAAUAAACGCGUCAACUAAUUUUAAAUUUUAAAUUUCAAAUAAAAACAUUUUGCAUAAAAUUUCGAAUUUUUAAAUACAAAAGUACCAAAAUACAAAAAUACAAAAAUUUAAAAAAAAAUCUAAUUGGAUAAAAAUGGGUGAAAAAUAUAGUAAUGGUGUAACGACUAGUUUGGUUGACUUGUCGCGAAGUGUUGCUGAUAAAAAAAAUGUUAAAUCAACCGGUGGUGCUGGCCUUGAAAGUGAAGACGAUAUCGACGAAAAAAUUGUCUUGAAGAGAAAAUUAACGCUCAUAAACGGUGUUGCUAUCAUUGUUGGUACUAUAAUUGGUUCCGGUAUAUUUAUAGCACCAACAGGUGUCCUUAUAUAUGCAGAAUCAGUUGGUACAUCGCUUUUGAUUUGGGCAGCUUGUGGUAUACUUUCGACAAUUGGUGCUCUUUGUUAUGCAGAAUUGGGUACCAGUAUCACGCGAUCGGGUGGUGAUUAUGCUUAUUUACUCGUUGCAUUUGGACCAUUAGUCGGAUUUUUGCGUUUAUGGAUUGCACUUCUUAUCAUUCGGCCAACCACACAGACAAUUGUCGCUUUAACCUUUGCUGAAUAUGCUGCCAAACCAUUCUUUGAGGAUUGCACACCACCAGAAUCAGUCAUUAAAAUUUUAGCUGCAGUUUGUUUAUGUUUACUAACUGCUGUUAAUUGCCUCUCCGUAAAAUGGUCUAUGAAGGUUCAAGAUGUUUUCACAGCUGGCAAAUUACUUGCACUCGUUAUGAUAAUACUGGCCGGUAUCUACUACAUGUGCACUGGCAAAUUGGAGAAUUUUGAUAACUUGUGGGAGGGGAAUUACAGCAUUGAAGCUAUAGGUUAUGCAUUUUAUAAUGGACUAUUUGCUUUUGGUGGUUGGAAUUAUUUAAAUUUUGUUGUUGGAGAAUUACAAGAUCCUUACAAGAAUUUGCCUCGAGCUAUUUGGAUUGCCAUGCCAUUGGUUACCGGAAUUUAUGUACUUGUAAAUUUGGCAUAUUUUGCGGUCGUUUCAAAAACGGAAAUGUUGAGUUCACUCGCUGUAGCUGUAACAUUUGGUAAUAGAGUGUUUGGACCGUUGGCUUUUUUAGUUCCGAUAUUUGUAGCCCUAAGCACUUUUGGAGGCGUUAAUGGUAUACUCUUUACCUCUGCUAGAUUGUUUGCUACUGGCGCACAGGAAGGUCAUUUACCAAAAUUCUUUCAACUUUUCCACGUUAAACAACAAACUCCAAUUCCAUCAUUAAUAUUCUCUUGUAUCAUGUCACUGCUGAUGUUGCUCACUGCCAAUGUUUAUGAACUGAUCAACUACUUCAGUUCCGUUUUAUGGUUGUCUGUUGUGGCCAGUAUUGCUGGAAUGCUCUGGUUACGUAAAACUAUGCCAAAUAUACCACGUCCUAUCAAAGUUAAUUUAGCACUGCCAAUCAUUUUCAUAAUAUGUUGCAUUAUUUUAGUGUUGAUGCCUAGCUUCUACAAUCCCACAAAUCUACUUGUUGGUAUAGGUAUUACCUUGGCCGGCAUACCAUUCUAUUAUGUGUGCAUUGCUUGGAAGGACAAACCUCAAUGUUAUGGCCGCUUAUCUGGUGGUAUGGUGAAUUUCUGCAGAGCUAUGUUCAAUACUACAAUCAUUGAGGGUAACGAAGAAGUACAAAAUAAGUAACAAACUCGAAUUUCAAAGAAACCAAAAAAAAGCAGAACUAUAUCAACUAUUUUAGUAUGUAAAACCAUAAAAGCUAUGACUUAGAUAUUGCCUGAUAUUUUCAAAUGAUAUUUCACACAACCUACAUUCAAGUUCUUGCUUAACGUGGUCACUUUAAUAUUUUAUAUUAGGUGUAUUCGGUUGUUCCGAAGUGUGGCAAAAACACCAAGUUGCAUGCUUAAAGUCGCUAAUAUGUACGCAAAAUAACACCACUACUCUCUCUAUCUAAUCGACUAGUUGUGAAGUGGCUUAACAUCUUAGCGACUGUAGAAAAAACCAAUUUAAAAAUUAUGAAAUUGAAAUAUUUUAGAAAUAUACUAAAUUAUAGAAAAAAAUUCUUCUGAAAUAUACAAAAAUUCUUAAGAGUACAUAAAGAAAGUAUAAUUGGAAAGCGCUUUAAAUUUUUUUAACUUAUUAGUUGCUAACAGGUUAAUAUUUAUGCAGGCAUAAAUAUUCCAAACAAUUAUUAAUUUUGUUGGAAAAAGAAAUUUUAAAAUUUCUUGCAUUCUUAACAUUGCUUUUGGCUCAUAAUUCAUUUUAUUUUUCAAUUUUAUAUUAAUUAUUUAUUUUUAUACAAGAUAUAUAUGUGUAGUUUGCAUGUUUAUUAUGUGCACAUUUGUACGAUUUGGUCUUUGCGAAAAGCUAACAUUUAACAGAUUUUAACAGUGAUGCCAAAUUUCACUUAGAGACUUUAAGCAAGCGACUUGUUGUUUUUUGCCAUACUUCGGAGCGGUCGAAUACAUCUAUUAUUAGAAAAGUAGCUUAUGUUUAUCGAGAUCUACAAAGACAAGUAUUUAGUUUAGUAUUAAGAUUAUAAUUUAUAUUAAUUUUUGUAUACAUUUAUAUACACAAGUUUAUAUAAUAGCUUUUUUAAAUGUUCAUAUUAAUAUUUUUUAAAAUGGCUUGCAUUUAUUUUGCUUGCGACAUUUUUAGGGAAUUUUUAAUCUAAUAUUAAAAGAGUUACAAAAAUUUUGAGUUAGAAAAUAAAAGUUUAAUUGUGAAGUGAUCUAAAGUAAUAGUUAGGCGUAUAUAUAUAUCUAUGUUUAUUUAUAUAUAUACAUAUAUAAGUAUAUAUAUACGUAUAUAUUAAAGAAUAUAAAAAUCUCAAUGUAAAUGUGCAUUUUGUACAUGUAUUCUGAAAUCAAUCACGCUAUAUAUCUCUCUACAUGUAGUUAUAUAUUUACUGAAGCAAAAGAAUUAAAAU